CCGCCGCUCACCUGGAGAGCUGACCGAGCACAUUUGGUUGAACGCGCAUGGGCUGUCUACCAACGCUCGCGUGUCAAGGCUGACGGUUGUCAGACGUAUAAAAGGCAGGAUGCAGGUCUGUUCAAAGUCAGGCCGGUCCUCUUUCACGCGUGCAGCCUUACUCUAACGUACAUUCAACCACCCAUCCAUCCUUAUUAACCUCACAGUCCUCCCUCUUAUCGCACGAACGUAACGAUCAAUCCCGUUUAUUCGCCAUGCAACUUACCGCCGCUCUCCUCGCUACCCUCGCUCUCCUUUGCACUGUCUUCUUCAACUUCGCGCAGGCCGUCCCGCUUACGCCCUCCCGAAACGAUGCCGACGCCUGCGCAAGCCUGGCGGAUUGCGACUCUUGUGGUUCGUCACUCUUUUGGUUGCCCGAAGUCUGCCAUUCACAAUCCCUGCCAUUGCAGUCCACGCGAGUCGAUGUGGGUUCUCCCUUGACACGCAAAGCUGUGCCUCGAAGGACAGUCACGCUGGGAGGCUCGUGACAUCUGCGACUCAAUGCAAGAA